AUGGCCCACAGCGCCAGGCAGCUGCCUGCUGGGAUGCUACAUGCUACAGGCAAAGCUCAGCAUGGAAACUUCCUGGUGGCCAUCAAGCAGGAGAAGGGAGAGCUGGCACGGACGAGUGGUGAGAAGCCGCACGGUGAGGAGGAGCCAGUGAAGAAGAGGGGCUGGCCCAAGGGCAAGAAGAGGAAGAAGAUCCUUCCCAAUGGCCCCAAAGCCCCUGUGACAGGCUACGUGCGCUUCCUGAACGAGCGGCGCGAGCAGAUCCGCACCCAGCAUCCUGACCUGCCCUUCCCAGAGAUCACCAAGAUGCUGGGGGCCGAAUGGAGCAAGCUGCAGCUUUCAGAGAAGCAGAGGUACCUGGAUGAAGCAGAGCGGGAGAAGCAGCAGUACAUGAAGGAGCUGCGUGAGUACCAGCAGUCAGAGGCUUACAAGAUGUGCACGGAGAAGAUCCAGGAGAAAAAAAUCAAAAAAGAGGACGCAGGCUCUGCAGCAGUGAACACCCUGCUGAAUGGGCACCUGCACAAGGCUGGUGAGUGCAGCGAUGCUUUCUCCACCUUCGAUGUGCCCAUCUUCACUGAGGAGUUCUUGGACCAAAACAAAGCCCGGGAGGCUGAGCUGCGGCGCCUGCGGAAGAUGAACACCGAGUUUGAGGAGCAGAAUGCCAUCCUGCAGAAGCACACAGAGAGCAUGAACUGUGCCAAGGAGAAGCUGGAGCAGGAGCUGGCCCAGGAGGAGAGGCAGACCCUGGCCUUGCAGCAGCAGCUCCAAUCUGUGCGGCAGGCCCUCACUGCCAGCUUCGCCUCCCUCCCCAUCCCUGGCACUGGGGAGACCCCUACACUGAGCACUCUGGACUUCUACAUGGCCAAACUGCACAGUGCCAUCGAGAGCAACCCUCUGCAGCAUGAGAAGCUGGUGGUGCGCAUCAAGGAGAUCCUGUCCCGGAUAGCCAGCGAACACUUGUGAAGACCAGUCCCUCCCGAAGCCUCGCGCCAGCCGGACCCAGCCCUGUCCCUUGGAGCUCAUGCAAGGGACAGUCUCCGCUGUUGGUCCAGCUGCUUCCCCCUCCACUCUGUGCACCUCACUGCAGAAGUG